GAAUGUCAUUUCCAAGUAAAUAGGUACCCAGGUGCAUUGUACAAAUCAUAUGAUGUGUACAACGAGGCUGAAAAUACAUUGCACAUGUCUAUUGUGCACGACGAUAAUACACAGAUGGUAAAUCUUGUUUGCCAAGUGGCUGUUCAUCCGGAUCCACCAUUGGAUAAUCAAAUUCCCGACGAUGAAAUGGUUGUAGCAACACCUAUACAUGUCAAGGAAAAUGAAGGGGAACAGCAUAAU